AUGCCCAAAGAACCGAAACCACCUUCACAGAGAACGAACCUCGUGAAGCGCGCUUGCGAUGCGUGCAAGAUUCGGAAGGUGAAAUGCUCAGAAACUUCGCCAUGUCGCGGCUGCGUCGCGAGUGGCAUCACAUGUACCUUCAAGAGCGUCCAAGCUACGCGAGGACCGCGGAGUCUGCGCGCAAAGACGAUAGAGAAGAUUUCUGCUGCGCAGUUUGGCAAUGAAGGUCCGCUGGCACCGGAUGAGGCACGGGCGCCGGCGGGCCCGUCGUUCAACAAUUUCACUGAUGCUCCGCGCGCGCCGGCUCCAGAAACUGCAAGUUUGCUACGGGCACUGGAGACCUAUCGCCAGAGGCUGUAUCCGAUAUGGCCUAUAGUCGAUGUGCGCCGACUCCAGGAAGGGCUGGCCGGGGGAAACCCACAGCUUCGCUUGCUGUCAGUUGCCAUCCGUCUAGCCACUAUCGCGCAGCUUCGUCUCGAGGCCGUCUCGCCUAACGAGGUUCCUCGAACAAGUCUUGAGGAUUUUGACGACAGCCUCGGUUUGGACGGGCUGCGAGUUGCCUUCUUCUUGCACAUCUACCAUGAAAAUCAAACACCAGGAGGCGGCAAAAGCUUGCUGUACUUGAGGCAGGCCAUCACCAUGUCGCAAGUCAUGCGUUUGGAGAGGGAGGCAUCGUAUCGAGGCUUGCCUGAGGCUGAACAACAAAUGCGCAGGCGCAUUCUUUGGCUCCUGUUCGUCACCGAGAGAGGGGUGGCUAUGCUCCAUAAGCUGCCUGUCAUUCUCAAGCCGGCCAUAGUAUUCCCAAUCCCGAAUGGCGAUGAUCAAACCCACGUCUUGCCAGCCUUCCUCAAGUUAGUCAACUUGUUCUGGGUAUUUGACCAGUCGGGGAUAUUCGAGAUUCUCCAAAACUCAGACUCGGAUAUGUCAAAUAUGGCAUCGACGGCUCGAGGAUGCCUAGAUCUCUUGCAAAGUCGUCUGCAGGAAUCCGCAGUCGACUAUGAAUCCAGCAAUGACGUCCAAAAAGCUGACAUCUUCGUAACGCGGCAGUGGAUGCGGGCUGUACUCUGGCGGGCUGCCGUCAGGUUUGGGAUGGCCACCAUGACAAGCAGUCCUAUACGCAUUGCCAAGGAGUUUUUGAACUUCGUGUCACAACUGCCCCAAGCUGCUAUAGAAGCUCAUGGCCCUACGAUGGAGUUCAAGACGUAUGAUAUUGCGACCGCGGUCAUCGACGCUGUGACCAGCAAUAUCUCCGUCAGCCCGACGGACCACCCCGAGGAGAUUCUGCUGGGACUGCAAAGAAUCCUGUCGUCCUCUCGUGGUGGCAACAAGGCUCUGAUGGCUUCUCUGUACUUGAAAAUGGCAGCCAUUUCACCGAACCCGCACACCAUUCUUGGAAGUAAUGCGCGCAUUGAGGAGAUCAAUGACAACGUUGGGCACCUAUCUAGUGGGGGCCCGUCCAAUGGCUCUAUGAUCAUGCCGACCGCCUGGACCGAUCUUGAUGACUUACUGUCGACGAGCAGUAUACCAAGGGCAGAUGGUUCAAGUUCACCGAAUUAUCAUUCACUAGACCAACAGAACCAGCAGAUGUCAUGGCCGCCAUUAGAUUUUAGCACUCCGCUACUGCGAACACCCUCUCCGUUGACGCGCAUGAUCUUCGACGCUGCCCAGGGGAACGACGAUGAGGAGCUCCCUGGCUCAGAGACCGGUUGGAUAACAUCUGCAACUUGA